AUGAGUUCGAAAGUGAUAUUAAAUAUUCCAAAGGACCCAUUUCAACAAACUAAUAAUAUUGUAGAAAUUAAUAAUAAAGCAGAAGAUGCAGUUAAUACGGAUUGUCAAGAAAUAAUAAAAUUUACAUCAUCAGAUCCAGUAGUCCGAGCAAAUCAAUUAGAACAAAAUAUUAAAUUUUUACAGGAACAACAUGAAAUUAUGCUUUGUGAUUUACAUAAAGAAAUUGAAAUAUUGAGAAGAAAAAAUCGAGACCUUCAAUUUCAAAUAGUUUUUUCAAAAGGAUUUAAUUUUGUACAAAGUAGUCCUUCUUCCGAUGAAGAACUCCAAAGAAAAUUUUCAUUUAGUCCCGGUCAAGUACCAAACAUAACUCCAUUAGAAAUUGAAGUACUCGAAGGAAACAUAAUGGAACUUAAAACAAAAUUAAAUGAAUCUAAAACUAAAAAUCUUUAUUUUCAACACAUUGUCGAAGAGCAAAAGAAAAAAAUAUCAAUGCUUGAAAAUGAAAAAGUUUAUUUAUUAAUGACGAGGAAAAAAAGUGAAAAAGAAAAUAUGGCUACGAAAACCAAAAGUUCCGGAUCAGAUAAUUCAAUAGAUAUUUUACAUGAAAAAUUAGAUGAUGCCAAUAGAUUAGUUAGACGUUUGAGAAGAGAAAAUGACGAACAAAGAAAAGAAUGUCAGCCAACAAAUAAUUUAAAAAAAGAAUCGGAAUCAAAUAGACCCGUACCUGCAUUACCGUACCUACGAGAUAAAAAUAAUGCAUCGACUUCCGCCGGAUAUAACAAUUACCAAUCGAAUAAUCAUAAAAAAACUCAUUACUAUAACAAAAAGCAAGAAGAACAUCGAUCGAAUGGUAAAAAUAUCAGGCGAGAAAAAUCUCAUCAGCAAGAUAAUGAAAGAUAG